GGGGGGGCGGGGGCCUCGCCCCGCGAGGGGAGGCGCGCCCCGGGGGCCCCGAGGGGGGCGGCGAGGACCGCGGGCUGCGGGUGCGGCGGCGGCGGCGCGUGUGCCCCGCGCAGGGGAGGGCGCCCGCCCCGCUCCCGGCCCGGCUGCGAGGAGGAGGCGGCGGCGGCGCAGGAGGAUGUACUUGGUGGCGGGGGGCAGGGGGCUGGCCGGCUGCGGGCACCUCCUGGUCUCGCUGCUGGGGCUGCUGCUGCUGCUGGCGCGCUCCGGCACCCGGGCGCUGGUCUGCCUGCCCUGCGACGAGUCCAAGUGCGAGGAGCCCAGGAGCUGCCCGGGGAGCAUCGUGCAGGGCGUCUGCGGCUGCUGCUACAUGUGCGCCCGCCAGAGGAACGAGAGCUGCGGCGGCGCCUACGGGCUCCACGGAGCCUGCGACCGGGGGCUGCGCUGUGUCAUCCGCCCCCCGCUCAAUGGCGACUCCAUCACCGAGUACGAAGUGGGCGUCUGCGAAGAUGAGAACUGGGACGAUGACCAACUGCUUGGUUUUGAACCCUGCAACGAAAACCUCGUGUCUGGCUGCAAUAUAAUCAAUGGGAAAUGCGAAUGUGACACCAUUCGAACCUGCAACAAUCCCUUUGAGUUUCCGAGGAAGGAUAUGUGCCUUUCAGCUUUGAAGAGGAUUGAAGAAGAGAAGCCAGAUUGCUCCAAGGCCCGCUGUGAAGUCCAGUUCUCUCCACGUUGUCCUGAAGAUUCUGUUCUGAUCGAGGGCUAUGCUCCCCCCGGGGAGUGCUGCCCCUUACCCAGCCGCUGCGUGUGCGACCCUGCGGGCUGUCUGCGCAAAGUCUGCCAGCCGGGAUACCUGAACAUACUAGUGUCCAAGGCCUCAGGGAAGCCGGGAGAGUGUUGUGACCUGUAUGAGUGCAAACCAGUUUUCAGCGUGGACUGCAGCACCGUGGAGUGCCCCUCCGUGCAGCAGGCCGUGUGCCCUCUGGACAGCUACGAAACUCAAGUCAGACUCACGGCGGACGGUUGCUGCACCCUGCCGACAAGAUGCGAGUGUCUCUCUGGCUUAUGUGGUUUCCCCGUGUGUGAGGUGGGAUCCACCCCUCGCAUAGUCUCUCGUGGAGAUGGGACACCCGGAAAGUGCUGUGAUGUCUUUGAAUGUGUUAAUGAAACAAAGCCAGCCUGUGUCUUCAAUAACGUGGAAUAUAAUGACGGAGAUAUGUUUCGAAUGGACAACUGUCGGUUCUGUCGAUGCCAAGGGGGUGUUUCCAUCUGCUUCACUGCCCAGUGUGGUGAGCUGAACUGCGAGAGGUACUAUGUGCCCGAAGGAGAGUGCUGCCCAGUGUGUGAGGAUCCAGUGUAUCCUUUUAAUAAUCCUGCCGGCUGCUACGCCAGCGGUCAGAUCCGCGCUCACGGAGACCGGUGGCGGGAAGACGACUGCACGUUCUGCCAGUGCAUCAAUGGGGAGCCCCACUGCGUGGCGACAGCCUGCGGGCAGAGCUGCAUGAACCCCGUCAAAGUGCCCGGCGAGUGUUGCCCUGUGUGCGAAGAACCAACCUACAUCACAAUUGAUCCACCUGCAUGUGGGGAGUUACCAAACUGCACGCUGACGGAGAAGGACUGUGUUUACGGUUUCAAACUUGAUCACAAUGGUUGUCGAACCUGUCAGUGUAAAAACAGGGAAGAGCGGUGCUCGGGGCUCAAGCGAGGGUGUACUCUGGACUGCCCCUUCGGCUUCCUGACUGAUGCCCACAGCUGUGAGAUCUGUCAGUGCCGCCCACGCCCCAAGAAGUGCAGACCCAUCAUCUGUGACAAGUAUUGUCCAUUUGGAUACCUGAAGAAUAAGCACGGCUGUGACAUCUGUCGCUGUAAGAAAUGCCCAGAGCUCCCAUGCAGUAAAAUCUGCCCCUUGGGUUUCCAGCAGGACAGUCAUGGCUGUCUUAUCUGCAAGUGCAGAGAGGUCCCUGCUUCAGCCGGGCCACCUGUCCUGUCAGGCACAUGUCUGUCCAUGGAUGGCCAUCAUCAUAAAAAUGAGGAAAGCUGGCAUGACGGGUGCCGGGAAUGCUACUGUCACAAUGGACGGGAAAUGUGUGCUCUGAUCACCUGCCCGGUGCCUGCCUGUGGCAACCCCACCAUUCAUCCGGGACAGUGCUGCCCGUCAUGUUCAGAUGACUUUGUGGUGCAAAAGCCAGAGCUCAGCACCCCCUCCAUUUGCCACGCCCCCGGAGGAGAGUACUUUGUGGAAGGAGAAACCUGGAACAUCGACUCCUGUACGCAGUGCACCUGCCACAGCGGGCGGGUGCUGUGUGAGACAGAGGUGUGCCCACCGCUGCUCUGCCAGAACCCCUCACGCACCCAGGACUCCUGCUGCCCACAGUGCACAGAUGAACCUCUUCAGCCUUCCUCAUCCCAUAAUGAGAGCGUGCCUAGUUACUGCAAAAAUGAUGAAGGGGAUAUAUUCCUGGCAGCUGAGUCCUGGAAGCCUGACGUUUGUACCAGCUGUGUAUGCAUGGAUAGCGUAAUUAGCUGUUACUCUGAGUCUUGCCCUUCAGUAUCCUGUGAAAGACCUGUUUUGAGGAAAGGCCAGUGUUGUCCCUACUGCAUAGAGGACGCUAUUCCGAAGAAGGCGGUGUGCCACUUCAGCGGGAAGGCCUACGCCGACGAGGAGCGCUGGGACAUCGACAGCUGCACACACUGCUACUGCCUGCAGGGCCAGACCCUCUGCUCCACCGUCAGCUGCCCCCCGCUGCCCUGCGUGGAGCCCAUCAACGUGGAAGGAAGUUGCUGCCCGAUGUGUCCAGAAAUGUAUGUGCCAGAACCAACCAAUAUACCCAUUGAGAAAACAAACCAUCGUGGAGAGAUUGACCUGGAGGUUCCCUUGUGGCCCACACCCAGUGAAAAUGACAUUAUCCAUCUCCCCAGAGACAUGGGUCACCUUCAGGUAGAUUACAGAGAUAACAACAGGCCGCAUCCAGGCGAAGAUUCUUCACUGGACUCCAUUGCCUCAGUUGUGGUUCCCAUAGUAAUUGGCCUCUCUAUUAUAAUAGCAUUCCUUUUCUUCAAUCAGAAGAAACAGUGGAUACCACUGCUUUGCUGGUAUCGAACACCAACUAAGCCUUCUUCCUUAAAUAAUCAGCUGGUGUCUGUGGACUGCAAGAAAGGAAGCAGAGUCCCAGCGGACAGUUCCCAGAGAAUGCUAAGGAUUGCCGAACCAGAUGCAAGAUUCAGCGGCUUCUACAGCAUGCAGAAACAGAACCACCUCCAGGCAGAUAAUUUCUACCAGACAGUGUGAAGAAAGGCAAUGCGGAUGAGGUUUUGAAAGACAGACGACGACUAAAUCUGCUUUGAAAAGUAAACUAGAAUUCGUGCACUUGCUUAGUGGAUCAUUUUGGAUUGUGACUUGACAUACAGCGCUAAGAACUUACCGGGACGGGCUCUGUCUUCAGCAGUGUGCAGAACAAACAUUCCCACUCUCCUCAAGAUCACUGACCAAGUGUUUUCUUAGAACCAAAGUUUUUCAAGUUGCUAAGAUGUAUUUGCUUGUAAUCUAGCUGUAGAGGUGUUUGGGGGCGGGGGACAGCGAGUUUGGUUGGGGAGAUGGGUCGGGAGGGUGGUGUUGGGAAGGCGAAUUGGUCAGCUUGGCUCGGGGAGAAACCCAGUGUAAUGAAAGCAGCUGAGCGGCCCAGAGGAUGCUUGCUCCGAAGUCUCGCUCCGAAGACUGCCACGGGUCGCGGCAAAGCCCAGACCCGAAUGAGCGGGAGACAAAGGCCUUGUGAUCCAGCUGCCGUAGCCACCUUAGGACUGCCAGACAGCACACCAGAACCUUUUGAUAGCCAUCCCUGGUCUAAAGCCACAAGUUUCUUUCUAUACAGUCACAGCCACGGUAGGCGGGGAGGAGGCGAGAGAAAUGUGUCGUGGCAUUUCUCUGACGCGGGUUAUUAAGGAUAGAUACAGUUAGACUUUUUGCUGCUUUCGUUUUCUUCCAAGCCAAUCAGCCAGUUGCUAGCAGAGUCAGCAAGUGAACACGACGGAAGCGGUUUCUUGACGCGAGCACUGGAGCCCCUCACCGCGGCACGGCGGGAAGGAGGGUGAGGGCGAAGGCGCCAUGUCUUUCCAGCAGGGGCUGUACUUCACUGUCUGUUGUUGCUUUGUUCUGUUGUUGGUUGUUCAUAGUUUUUGUUGAAGCUCUAGCUUAAGAAGAAACUUUUAAAAAGGACUGUUUGGGGAUUUUUUUUCCUUAUUAUUAUACUGAUUCUACAAAAUAGAAACUACUUCAUUUUAAUUGUAUAUUAUUCAAGCACCUUUGUUGAAGCUCAGAAAAAAAAUAUGCCUCCUUAAACUUUAGCAAUUAUAGGAAUAUUUAUGUAACUAUCUUAUGCUUCAAAAAAAAAAAAAACGAAAGUAUUUGUGUGCGUGUGUAUAUAAUAUAUAUGUGCAUAUAUAUUUAUACACAUACAAUUUAUGUUUUCCUGUUGAAUGUAUUUUUAUGAGAUUUUAACCAGAACAAAGACAAACAGGCAUUCCAUAUCAAUGCUUUUGAUCACUUACAAAUUUUUAAUAACACAAAAUUUUAUUCUACCUGCAGUUUAUCUGGGAAGAAAGAUGUGUGUGUUGAGUGUGUGUGAGUGUGAGUGUGCACAUUCCUUGUGCAGUCAGCAUCACACCUGCGAUGGAGAAGGUAUCCUUUAAUUAAAAUCUUCUUCCUCAUUUGGAUCUGCUUUCUGUUGGUUUUCAAUUUGCUCACUGGCCAGAAACAUCGACGGCAGGUUAUCUGCCUCACUAAUCAGCUCCUGGAUUUUUUUUUUUUUUUCUU